UAUGAAUCUAACAACUACUUAAAACGACAACUUCCUAAGACUCUCACUUAUUUGACCUUGCGCCUUUGCCGCUACCAUCUUCCCAUUCCACACCACCAACAAACAAAUCAUUGUUUCGUAGUGUUCACUUUGUUCUCAAGCCUCAUCACUUCCAUGGAUUCAGAACGAGCACCCCACGUUCAAGAAGAAGACAUAGAAGGUGCUGAUCGAGGGACCAAGAAGAAGAGGGUCAACAAUGAAACCAAGAAGAAGAGGAGGUCUUAUAUACCCAAGUUUGGUUGUUUCAGGAUCGAAUAUGAUGCCACUGGAGAAAGUUUUGAUAUGGAGGUUGUUGAUGCAUCUGGUCAGCGUCCAAAACCUACCCACUUGAUUAUAACGGUUAAUGGUCUCAUAGGCAGCGCUCAGAAUUGGAAAUUUGCUGCAAAGCAGUUUCUGAAAAGGUAUCCAGAUGAUGCUAUUGUACAUUGCAGUGAGUGUAAUUCUGCAAUGUUGACAUUUGACGGCGUUGAUGUAAUGGGAGAGAGAUUAGCAGAGGAGGUUAUAUCAGUUAUAAAACGUUACCCAAGUGUACAGAAAAUUUCAUUUAUAGGUCAUUCUUUAGGUGGCUUGGUAGCAAGGUAUGCAAUAGCCAAGCUUUAUGGGAAAGACAUGUCUAUGGAAUUUUCUCAGGGGAAUGGGAAUUGUGAGAGUCAGAUUUCAGAUCAAGAAUGUCAUGAUAGGAAAUAUGAAGGUAAAAUUGCAGGACUGGAGCCCAUAAAUUUUAUUACCUCCGCAACGCCACACCUUGGUUCUAGAGGGCAUAAACAGGUUCCAAUGUUUUGUGGGUUUUACUCUCUGGAGAAAGCAGUAUCUCAUGUUGCAGGGUUUUUUGGCAGAACAGGAAAACAUCUAUUUUUAACUGAUAGUAAAAAUGGAAAACCUCCUCUUCUUCUGCAGAUGGUUCGUGACUCUGAAGAUAUGAAAUUCAUGUCUGCAUUAAGGUCCUUCAAACACCGUGUUGCCUAUGCUAAUGCUCGUUAUGACCAACUUGUUGGAUGGAGUACGUCAUCUAUAAGGCGUAGAAACGAGCUUCCAAAGCGCCAGCAUCUUUCAAGACACGAGAAGUACCCACAUAUUGUAAAUGUAGAGACAGCAACAUCCACUUCUGUUCCUGAGGAAGUUACUACUGAAUCUAAAGUGAGUAGUGGAUCCGGUAAACUUGACAUGGAAGAGGAAAUGAUCAGAGGCUUAACAUCAAUGAGCUGGGAUCGCAUUGAUGUCAGCUUCAGUGGGAUUAGGCAGAGAUAUCUCGCACAUAGUACCAUUCAGGUAAAAAGUUACCGUUUCAAUUCUGAUGGAACAGACGUGGUUCAACAUAUGGUUGACAAUUUUCAGUUAUAGAAUUUUCCCAUUUUGCCCGCUUCUAAGGGACAGGGUAGUGCCAUUUUUCUUGAGGAGGUGGAGAAAAGGGGUGUUUGUGUAUUUUCCUACUCGCUUGACUCUUUAGAGCACAAAAGAAGGGAAAGAUGAAUUAAUGAAAGAAUAGAAUGGGAUGUAUAUUGUACUUUAAUAAGAUGUCGUUCUUGUACCUAUUCUAUUUUAUACUUUUAUAAAGAUUCCCUGG